GUGCUUUGUGACAGAAACCUUAUCUACAACCUGGGUUUCAGUGUGUUGAGUGCCGCUGUGGAGUCAUUGCUCAAACCACAAUCCUUGGUUCCUAUGGAGGUAACAAAUGUAUCGACAAUUGUGCCAAAUUAUCAUGACCUCUUCAUUUUUGACAUGCUGCAUGAGUGGGAUCUCAGUGUAUGGAAGCAAACCCUGAUACACCUUCUUCACCUGCUGGUGUGUAACAUUGCAUCAUCAGUAAGGCCAUGCCCAUCAACAUUAUACAGAUUCAGACAAAUGCCCACUUUUAGCCACAAAACGAUUCACUGUUUUGAUGCAAAUGUCUCUAAACUCAAGAAGUGUUAUGAAGUGUUCCCUGUAAAUCCCCCCUAA